CUCUCGCCGGCAGCUGCUCCGCGCAGAGUGGGAGACCGAGCCCGAGCCUGAGCGCGAGACGGGCUGAGACGGCUGCGAGGCGGCCCCGCCCCGGGGCUCCAUUGUUGCGGCGACUCCGGCUCUGCGGGCUGCUCGGCUCCGUCUCGCUCGGCCAGUGCACCUCCGGCAAGGAGUGAGCGCUGCCCGGGAGGCGGCCUGAGCAAUGGAAGAGUUAAUCGUUGAACUUCGUCUCUUUCUUGAACUCCUGGACCAUGAAUAUCUAACCUCAACUGUCAGGGAGAAAAAGGCAGUUAUCACAGACAUCCUGCUGAGGAUACAGUCAUCCAAAGGUUUUGAAGUGAAAGAUCAUGCUACGAAGCCAGAGACCCCCAACAGCCUGCCGGCCCCUCCCCAGAUGCCUCUGCCAGAGAUCCCGCAGCCGUGGCUGCCGCCUGACAGCGGGCCACCGCCGCUACCGACAUCCUCUCUCCCGGAAGGCUACUACGAGGAGGCCGUGCCGCUGAGUCCCGGGAAGGCUCCGGAAUACAUCACCUCAAAUUAUGACUCAGAUGCCAUGAGUAGCUCUUACGAAUCAUACGAUGAAGAGGAGGAGGACGGAAAGGGGAAGAAAACGCGGCACCAGUGGCCCUCGGAGGAGGCCUCCAUGGACCUGGUAAAGGAUGCCAAGAUCUGUGCCUUCCUGCUGCGGAAGAAACGCUUCGGGCAGUGGACCAAGUUACUCUGCGUCAUCAAAGACACCAAACUACUGUGCUACAAAAGCUCCAAGGACCAGCAGCCCCAGAUGGAACUGCCGCUCCAAGGCUGCAACAUUACAUACAUCCCAAAAGACAGCAAAAAGAAGAAGCACGAAUUGAAAAUUACUCAGCAGGGCACAGACCCCCUUGUUCUCGCUGUCCAGAGUAAGGAGCAGGCCGAGCAGUGGCUGAAGGUGGUCAGAGAGAUCUACAGCGGCUGCAGCGGGCCAGCAGACUCGGAAUGUCCUCCCCCCUCCAGCUCCCCGGUGCACAAGGCAGAACUGGAGAAGAAACUGUCUUCGGAGAGACCAAGCUCAGAUGGGGAGGGUGUUACAGAAAAUGGAAUUGCUGUGUGUAACGGAAAAGAACAAGUUAAGAGGAAAAAAAGUUCCAAAUCAGAGGCCAAGGGAACUGUGUCUAAAGUCACUGGGAAAAAAAUCACCAAGAUCAUCGGUUUGGGAAAGAAAAAGCCAUCGACAGAUGAACAGACCUCCUCAGCGGAGGAAGAUGUGCCUACUUGUGGCUACCUGAACGUGCUCUCCAACAGCCGCUGGCGGGAGCGCUGGUGCCGCGUCAAGGAAAAUAAGCUCAUCCUCCACAAGGACAGGGCCGACCUGAAGACCCACAUCGUCUCCAUCCCGCUCCGCGGCUGCGAGGUCAUCCCGGGGCUGGACUCCAAACACCCCCUGACGUUCCGGCUACUUCGCAACGGCCAGGAGGUGGCCGUGUUGGAGGCAUCUUCUUCUGAAGACAUGGGCAGGUGGAUUGGGAUUUUGCUGGCUGAGACGGGGUCCUCCACAGACCCUGGGGCACUGCACUACGACUACAUAGACGUGGAGAUGUCGGCGAAUGUCAUUCAGACGGCCAAGCAGACCUUCUGUUUCAUGAACAGGCGCGUUCUGUCCACUAACCCGUAUGUAGGGGGCACCGCCAACGGCUACGCACACCCCAGCGGGACGGCGCUGCACUACGACGACGUCCCCUGCAUCAGCGGCUCGUGGGGACCCGACGGUGGCUUUCCCGCUCCCCGUGGCCGAGGCCUGGGAGAAGAGGCGCUCUAUGAUAACGCGGUCCUGUACGAUAACUUGCCGUCUCCGAAAAUCUUUGCUCGCUACCCUCCUGCUGACAGGAAGGCCGCUAGGCCACCUCCUGACAAGCUGUCCUGUAACCACUACAAACACCCUGCCUCUUCCGGUCCGCCGUCCUCCCCGUCUGUCACUAACACCUCUUCUCUGGGGAGGGCAUCUCUCGGGCUCAGCUCACAGUUGAAGGGUAAAAAGCCGCCCCCCGUGGCGUCCAACGGGGUUACGGGAAAAGGCAAGACUCUGAGCAGUCAGCAAAAAAAAGCUGAUUCAGCGGCUGGCGUGAAGCGGACGCCUUCAAAUGCUGACCAGUACAAAUACGGCAAGAACCGGGUGGAAGCAGAUGCCAAGCGACUGCAGGCCAAAGAGGAGGAGCUGCUGAAGAGGCGGGAGGGCCUGCGGGAGAGGCUGGCCCAGCUGCGGAAGGAGAGGAAGGGCCUGAGGGCCGCCAUCGAAGUCAACACGGGCAGGAAGACGCAGGUGAUCCUGGAGGAGAAGCUGAAGAAGCUGGAGGAGGAGUGCAAACUGAAGGAGACGGAGCGCGUCAACCUGGAGCUGGAGCUGACCGAGGUCAAGGAGAGCCUCAGGAAAGCCCUGGCCGGCGGGAUCACCCUGGGGCUGGCCAUCGAGCCCCGGUCGGGGACGUCGAGCCCGCAGUCUCCAGUUUUUAGGCACCGGACUCUGGAGAACUCGCCCAUGUCCAGCUGUGAGACCAGUGAUGCAGAGGGCCCAGUGCCCGUGAACAGUGCGGCCGUCCUGAAGAAGAGCCAGCCGGCCCCCGCCAGCUCCCCCUGCCGGGGACACGUGCUUCGGAAGGCCAAGGAGUGGGAGCUGAAGAACGGGACAUAGAGCUCGCGGACGCCCAGCUCACACAGCGUCGUCCCAUCGCGUGACCGCAGGGAGCUGGCCCGGGGGCUCCAGCAGCAGGACUCGGGGUUUGCGGCCGGACCAGGACCCAGGACCUGGGUGCCAGGACCCAGACCUGCCCGCUGUAUCCUCUCUACUGUAUAAUGGUCCCCUUUAAAGAGAUUUACUUGUAACACUUUGGCUUCCAACUUCAUUUGUUUAAAGUCAGAAAAGGGACGGAAGGUAUUGUGAGAGCCUCCCCUGGCGGAUGGAGAAGCUGCAUCUUCCCACCCAGGUAAAUGAUUGUUUUCACCAAUCUCGGCACUCCCACCCCAGACUGAAGAUGAACGGCCAACGGGCCCUGGACGUGCUCCGCGCCCCCGGCGGGGGUGUGAGUGUGAGGCUGUGGGCAUUGGGCUGCCCGCCCCUCGGCCAGGAGGAUCCGGGGAUGUCGCUGCAGCGCCAACAGCAGGAAGUCGCACCCCGAGUCUCCGCGUCCCUCUCCCCACAUGUCCGGCCCCCUCAUCACUAGGGGUAAUGGCGCGACAGAAUUGUGCUGUGAAGCAUUUUUUAUCUUUUUCAAAAAAAUUUUCUGGACAGAUGCUUCUGUCACCAGGACAUGAAAA